AUGUCAGAUAAUACCGAAUCCAUCAAACCAGACACUAACGAUGAUGAUAUCAUCCCUUUGGAUAGUACGAUCUUGUCAACGGCUAGUGAACAUGGAAGUUCGCAAUCGAAGACGAAGCGAAUUGAUGAAGUUUCACUGUCAACAAAUGGUUCGACGAUGUCAUCGUUGCCUCUUACCUUCGCCAGCGAUGCUCGUAACAGCGAAAUUUUAAUUACACAAGACCAGUCAAACAUGAUCGAAACGGUCACAGAGACUGAUCUAAGUUGCCCUGCUGAAGUACCAUUCUCGCAAGAAUUACUUUACAUGGCUGCAGCUUUACAUGAGGAUCAAGGCUUGGUGUGCGAUGAACCGAAUGUGUCAGCAGAACAUGGCGACAAGACGUCAAAGAGAAGGAAAAGAAAAAAAGCGAAACGCGAACAACCCAAUUACUUUAUUUCUUUAAGACUGUAUAAUCGUAAUAUUCGUCAAGAACUCUCCAAAAUUCAGGGGGAAAUGAUAGCUCAGGAUGAACGACUAAAGUUCGCUGCUGUAUCUCCGGCUAAAAUUCAUAUCACCCUUUUUGUAAUGGCUUUAAAUACAGACGAAGAAAUUACCAAAGCGGAAGUUGCCUUGAAAAGUGUAGAGAUGGAAUUGCAGGAAUACGUAUCACAACGUGAACAAUCUUCUUCAAUAUCAAUUGAAAGCAUUUCACAUUUCAAUCAAGGAGUUGUUUUUGCCCAAGUCAAAGAUGACGUAGGAUUCGACAUGCUUAAAACGAUUCGAGCUAAAGUGCAUAAACUAUUCCUGGAAAAGAACCUAGCAAAUUGUGAUAGCAAACCGUUCAAACCCCAUGUUACUAUCUUCAAAUUAUCUAAAAAUCCCAAGAAACUGAAGAAAUUAGGUAUAGCUAAAUUAGACCCAAAAACUUACGAAAGCUGGAAAGAUCAUCAUUUCGGAAUUGAAAAAAUGCGAGGUCUUCAAUUAUGUUCUAUGCUUUUACCACCUGAAAAUGACGGUUUCUAUCGAUGUAUAAGUACUAUUGAUUUUUAA